UUCCUUGUGCCCACCCCAAUCCAUGUUCCUUCCCACCAAACCUCUGAAGCCAUUCACUAGCUGGUAAAACAUUUUUAAAAAUCCUUCAGCCUCUUGGGUCAAGUUUCUCCUGUUGGAUAAAUGCCGUUCAGUUAAGAACAGGGACUAUCAGAUGUUAGGUUAGAGCCAGCAGAUGCUAGGGAUGAGGUCCUGGCUGUUUCACCUUUCUUCCAAAUUGCUGCACUCUCUUCUGUGUUUGAGUCUGAUGCACACCUAUUUCUUAGGAGCUACAAUUUCCCCAUCUCCAGGUCCCCGGGUCAAACCUAGCUACAGUUUUGGUCGAACUUUUUUGGGACUUGAUAAAUGCAAUGCCUGCAUUGGAACAUCUAUUUGCAAGAAAUUCUUUAAAGAAGAAAUAAGGUUUGACAGCUGGCUUUCUUCUCAUUUAAAACUCCCACCCAACUACCUUUCCUGGUACCCUGGGAAUUACUCAGAUGACAGCAAAAGUUGGCGGCCAGUCGAGAUCUCUAGAUUAACUACCAAAUACCAGCAUGACCAAUCUGACAAGAGAAUUUGUGUUUCCCUCACCCAUGCUAAAAGCUGCAGCAUUGAGCAUGCCUUAUGGAAGACAGAGAGAUUCCAGAAAUGGCUAAAGACAAAACGCCUCACCCCUCUUCUGGUCCAGGGCCUGCGUACACCACUGCUCUAUUGCCCAUCACAACGGCUGUUGGACCGAAUAGUGCGGCGAUAUGCAGAAGUGUCAGAUGCCGGUAGCAUCUACAUGGACCAUUUCACAGACCGGGAUAAGCUGCGACUCCUCUACACGCUGUCAGUUAAUACACAUCCCAUCAUGUUACAGAUUUUUCCUGGAGCAGAAGGGUGGCCAUUUCCUAAAUACCUGGGGUCCUGCGGUCGGCUGAUUAUCACAACUAGCACCAGACCUUUGAAGGAAUUUUAUGGUGUAUCUCCUGGUGUAGCAGCAGACCUCGCUCUUCAGCUUCUCUCUAUUAUGGAGUCCAUGAGGAAUAAUGACCUGAACUAUUUCUUCUACUUUAUCCAUGUGGAUGCUGACACAUUUGGUGUUUUCAGUGAUGGACAUCUGUUUAUUCGAGAUGCCAGUACCCUGGGAGUCAUUGACAAAGAGGACACAGGGAGCCAGAUGAUGGAUCAACAGGAGAAAUAUAAGGACAUAUUUAGCUGCUUGGCUGCAGAUUGCCAAUCUGUCUUGCCUUCCUGUAAUUCCGUCAGGUAUACUCAGAGCCUCAUCAUGGUCUGUGAGGAACUUCUGUCUAAGCUCUUGAAGGAAAAGUUUCUGCCUUCUGUGCAGGAGAAGAUUGACGGUGCUCUGAAGAUCUGUGCAAACAGUUCUCUCACCAACCAAGAGGUUAUCAAGGCAGCUCAGGUGCUGGAAGGGAUUUUGAAACCUCUGCAGACCUGUGAUUCUGAUUUUGCCUACCGCUACCCAGAUUGCAAAUACAGUGCCAAACACUAAACACACACACACACACACACACACACACACAGCAAGAAACAUAUACCGUACAAGCUGGUUGUUGAAGAGUCUGCUCUGCAAAGAGAGCCUUCAAGAAACUUUCCUAACACACGCUGAGAUGGUUGCCACAUGGAUCAUUCCCUCUUUAGGAAACGGCUUAGACAGCAAUUCUUUGAUAAAUUCCACACAACUUUGUUAACUCCUUGCAGGUUAUGGGAUCAUUUGGACACCUCGGAACCUGCCCUGCUGCAGGUCACUUUUCCUUUACCUCCAAUUCUAGUAGAAACUUGAAACAGGCAUGAACAGCCCCAGCUUUCUCACCUUAACCUGUGUAUUCCUCUUAUUUCCUUUUGGGCUGAUUUCUUGAGAUCAGUAACUGCUACCAGAAGCACACUUGGCCCUCACCAUCCAGAGGCCUCCAUUUCAUCUUUUUACAUCAGGUGCAGGAAAUCAUGCUGCUCUCCAUUUCAGCUUUCUAUCCAAAGCAAUUUCACUUGUUCCCAUGGGCAACUGAUCCUGGAUCCUGCUGUUAUGAUCAUUCUUUCCUUUCCAUUGAAAGAGAAAAAUAUUCCAAGCAUGCAGAGAGUCCUUUUUAAAACUUUAUUGCAAUGAAGGGAACAGAAAAAAAUGGUUUCCUUCCCAUUUUCCUGUUCACAUGAG